UAAUGCUAGUUCUUGUUCUUUACAUCGCGAAUUCGAUAAGUGGGCAUCAUUGUUCUUGAAGAACAAAUGUGCUCUCGAGUUUGCAAGAACUGGUUUAAAAAAAAUUUCAAGAUUGACAAUCGGUUAAUGCAAAUCUUUUUGUUUAAAGCAAGAAUUGUUAAAAGGAUAUAAGCAAAAAAUGCCAAGAGUACCAAAGGCUAAAGGAGCGGCAUCUGCAGCUACGGGAGGUGAUAAAAAGAAAUCCAAAUUAUACAAUAUGCCGGAAAAAUUACGGGAAGGUACAAUCCUUAAGGAUUUAGCCAAAAACGAAUAUAAAAUCGGAACCUCAGUAGGUACCGGAGGUUUCGGUGAAAUUUAUACAGCUUGUAAAGGCGGUGAAAAAAGCUACGAUUAUGUAGUAAAAUGCGAACCUCACGAUAAUGGGCCGUUAUUCGUUGAAAUGCAUUUUUAUAUGCGAAAUUGUAAACUAGAUGACAUCAAUAAUUACAAACAGAAGAACAGACUAAAGAGUUUAGGCGUGCCUCAUAUGCUAGGACAUGGCUCAAUCGAUAUUAACAAUAUAAAACAUCGCUUUAUUGUGAUGCCCCGUUACGGCGCUGAUAUCAGUAAACACUUUGUAAGCAACUCGCGAUGUUUGCCGGAAAUCGCUGUAUAUCGCAUUAUUUUGCAAAUGUUGGAUGCUUACGAGUUUGUACAUCGUUGCGGUUACGUACAUGCUGAUUUGAAAGCUGCUAAUAUCCUGCUGGGUUAUGGUAAAGGAGGUGGUGCGCAAACAUAUUUAGUCGAUUAUGGAUUAGCAUCUCAUUAUACGACAAAAGACUUUAAACCAGAUCCUAAAAAAAUGCAUAAUGGGACUAUACAAUAUACAUCCAGAGAUGCUCAUCAAGGCGUUGCGACUAGACGAGGUGACCUAGAAAUAAUGGGUUACAAUAUAAUCGAGUGGUUGGGAGUGGAAUUACCUUGGGUCAAAGAAAAACUUUUGGCUGCGCCAGUUAAAGUACAAAAGUCAAAAGAAGAUUUUUGGAACAAUGUUGACAUGCAGCUAAAGAAAUUAUUCCCCCAGGGUACGCCGACAGCAGUAAUGGAGUUUAUCAAAUACGUAGCACAAAUGAAGUACAACGAUGAGCCAGAUUAUGAAAAGUGCCGUAAUAUUUUUAAGAACUACUUGAAAGCCUUGAAAGCCAACACGAUCGGCGACAUAGACUUCAAAGUGAAGAAAACGGCGCUUGUGGGACCCAUUCCUAGCAAAGCUGCAAAAUCUACGGCAAAAACUAAAGCAAAUAUUAAAAAAACACAAACACUUCUGGAGAUCGAAGAAAGUGAUGAUAACGAGAACAAUACUGUUUUUGAUUCCCCUCCUACGACCAGUAGGAAAGUAAAGUCUACUGCAAAAUCUAGAGUAAAUGUGGAAAAAGAAAAACUACUUUCGUAUAGAGAAGAAAGUGACGACGAAGAAGUCAUUAGCGCCAGCGACGAAAGUGACGAGGAUUACGUAUUUGAAAGCAAAAGACCUAAGAGAAAGCAGCCGCUUAAAAACCCAAGUCGUGGCAAUAAAUUGUCAAAACAGAUUGUUUCACCAGAAAUAAUUUCGCCACCCAUAAAAGACAAAUCUAAUGACGUUCUCACGUCCGUCAGCAAGACUGCUUCGCCAAAACAACAUUCGCCUUUAGCAUCUACAUCCCGUAGAGUAAAACGAAAAAAUCCCCAUCCUCUGUUGAAUGCUAAGGCGCGUAUAAAACUAGGUCCGCAAAUUAAAAUGAGUCCUUCAACCUCGGCGAACACGGUUGUCAACAAUAACAUAACCCCUACUAGAAAAACCGGUAAAAUGUAUGAAUUUAAUUUUGAACUUGAUGUUAGUAUGGAUGCUAAUGUUCUUGUGAAUGUUAGACGUAAAAAAAAAUUAAAUCAAGAUGAAGAGGAUGCAAAUGAUACAACUAAUGGCGAUUCCACACCAGUUACACGGGUAAAAGUUCGUAAAGUAAACGAAGACGGUGACAACGAUACUCCUAGAACACCUUUUGUUACUUUAAGAAAAACAAAAAGAGUUAUUCAAAGUCCCAAGUCCAAGAAACCCUAGAAAUAUUUUUUGCAUUGGAGAAGUGUGGUAAUAUAUUCCAUUUGAAUCAUAAUUGUUUAUUAAAAUAUUAAGUACUUUAGAUUUCUGAUUUCCAUUUCAAUAUUUACAGUUUGUUUCGACAGUUUGUGGACGCUUGGAACGCGUAAAGAUUUAUUUUAUUUUCAAAAGUUUUUUUUUGUUUUCUAUUUAAAAACCUAACAUUCUACUAUAGAUUGGUUGAAUGGUUAAAUUUAUAUUUAAAAAUAAAUGGUUAUUCAAUUUACAUUUUCUAUUGCAAAAAAGAAAAAAAAUAAAUCAUAUUUUAAUUUUCUCCACUAAUAUGCAUGAUUUUGUCAGUUGAACGUUAAGUUUGGUAUGGAUAUGCUUUUAGCUGACCAAUGCUGCCAAUAGAAGGAAAAAAAGUAGUGUAAUAUCGCAAAACUUUUUUCUAGUACUCGGCUGGCUCAGGUCACGAGUGUUUUUCUUCAAUUGUACUUUUUCUCUCAUGAGAAUAAAUUGAAAAAUCAGUCAAUCGAUAAUUAGAGGAAAUGCGCACUAAAAUAUUUUACUCGAACUCAGUUUCUUUUACUUUAAACUGAAUUUUUUUUAUUUGUAACCUGUCGUAACUAUGCAUUCUAAUUUUUUUCGCAAUCUGGAUUCAAUCCGGUUUCAGAUUCUAUGUAAUUCGCGUAAGGAGAAGAAAAAGCUUUUUGUUUGUAUAUACUUGGUUUUUGGUAAAAAACAAUAGAUUAUAGCUUAUGAUUUCAAAUGUGAUAUCAUAUUCUUUAUUAAAGUUUCCCCUCCAUCCAUCCCCUUUUGCAACCAGAACUACGAUGUAAUUGCUACAUGUCAGUGGGGAGUGUUCUUAAUUAAAUGCAAAUUAAAAAAUUUGGAAAAGAUAUACUUGGUUGGGAAGUUUUAAAGCAUCCACCUUAUAGCUAGGACCUUGCACCGUCUGACUAUCAUUUGUUUCGUCUCUGCAAAACUCCUUUGAUGAUAAAAAAUUGGCCAAUCGAUGUGCCGUUUAAAAUUGCUUAGCCAAGUGUUUCGAUGAUAAACCACACAAUCGAUGGAAUUUUGAAGCUACCCGAAAAAUAGCAAAAGAUCAUAGGUAAUGGCUAAUAUGUACUUCAUUAAAAUUAAUUUUUGUUCAAAAAUAUACCAAAAAACUGCACAGACUUUUUAUGUGGCCCAAUGUAUAUAUAUAUAUAUA